AUGAAUGGAUCAUACUCCUGUACCCAAGUGUUACGACACAUUCAUAUUGGUCUGUUGUGCACACAAGCUCAAGCAAGAGACAGACCCACUAUGCUUGAGGUUGUUUCUUUUCUUUCUAAUGAAAUUGCUUACUUACCUCCACCUAAACAACCAGGAUUUUGUGUAAUUGGAGUCAGGGAAGAGCAGCACAACAGUUAUUCCAUAAAUGACUCAACAAAUUCAUUGACAUCAGUGCAACUUUCUACAAAAAUGAUUUUCACUUUCAGCAAGAGAGUAGUACUGUGCUUCAUCACCACUUUCACUUGUUUCGUGCGCCUGACAAAGCCUUCCAACUUGAGGGAAGACACGUUGCUCCAAGGCCAUCACCUUGCAGCAACCAACCGUUUGAUUUCACCUUCAGCUUUAUACACACUGCGUUUCUUUCAGCUUGAUGAUGUCUCUGAGGUUAGCACCAAAUUCUACCUUGGCAUAUCAGCCAAUAAGUACUAUUACUAUGUUUGGCUUGCCAACAGGGACAAUCCAAUCCAUGAUGACCCUGGAGUGCUCACAAUUGAUGAAUAUGGCAACCUGAAAAUUGUGUCAAGUACUACCACUAUGGUGCUAUAUUCAGUUGAAGCAGAACGUAACAGAAGUGUUAGAGCCACUUUGCUAGAUACAGGAAACUUUGUGCUUCAUGAAUUGAACUCAGAUGGAUCUGUGAAGAGGGUGUUAUGGCAGAGCUUUGAUCACCCCACAGACACAAUGUUACCAGGGAUGAAGCUUGGGUAUGACAAGCUCAGUGGCCACAAGUGGUCUCUAACGGCAAGGAGAAGUUACAAAACUCUUUGGUCAGGGUCUUUCUCUCUCAGCCUUGACCCCAAAACUAACCAAUUGGUUAGUAGAUGGAGAGGGGCCAUAAUUUGGAGCAGUGGAGAGUUGAGAAAUGGAAGUUUUAGCAACCUGAAAUCAUCAUCACUUAACAAAGAGAACUUGAAUUUCACUUUCUUUUCAAAUGAAAGUGUGACCUACUUUGAAUUUGCUUCAGUUUCUGGCUAUCUCGUCAUGGACCCAUUGGGUAGAAUAAAUGCUAGUGGUGUCUCUUACACAUGUGUUGGUAGUGAGAUUGUGCCUGGUUGUACAAUGCCACAGCCUCCCAAAUGUAGGGAAGAUGGUGAUUUGUACUUGCCAAGUUGGAAUACCUUUGGAGCAAUGUCAAGGAAAGGAUACAUAUUUGAUGAACGAGAGAACAUGACCAUUUCUGAUUGCUGGAUGAAGUGCUUGAAAAAUUGCUCCUGUGAAGCUUACACUUUUGCAUAUAAGGAUGCAACUGGCUGUGAAAUUUGGAGCAGAGACACAUCAUACUUUGUUGAGAGUAAUUCCGGUGUUGGCCGUCCAAUUUUCUUCUUUCUCAGCGAAACCAAAGCCAAACGCAAGAAGAGGAGAAUAUGGAUCGCAGGUGCUGCUGUUGGAGUUCUUCUCCUGAUAGGGAAAUUGGCAAAUGGUCGAGAAAUAGCUAUAAAGAGACUGUCCAAAAGCUCGGGACAAGGAUUGGAAGAGUUCAGAAAUGAAGCUAUGCUAAUUGUGAAACUGCAGCACACUAACCUUGCAUGGCAAUUAUGGAAUGAAGGGGAAGCUCUAAAGCUAGUUGACAGCAUGUUGAAUGGGUCAUCAUGCCCCCAAAUCCAAGUUAUACGAUGCAUUCAUGUAGGUCUCUUGUGCACCCAAGACCAAGCAAAGGACAGACCCACCAUGCUUGAGGUCAUUUCUUUUCUUUCAAAUGAAAAUACCCAGUUACCUCCACCCAAACAACCAGCACUUUACACCAUCAAAAGUGUGAAGGAGGCAGAACAAAAUAAGAGUUGCUCCAUCAAUGAGACAACAAUGUCAAUGACAUCAGGCAGAUAA